UCCCCCCCUGCAGCCCGGUGACGGAGUUUGGGGGGACACAGGCGCCCCGUCUGCGUCACCGCGUGUUUGGGGGUGGCUGGGGAGGGGGGUAUAAAGCCGGGCCUGGCGCAUCCCCGAGCUUCCAGGGGCGCAGCUGGCACCGGGAACAUGGAAAACGCUCUGCUCUGCCUGCUCUGCCUGCUGGGCUCCGGCCUCAUCCUGCUCGGCGCCCCCGAACCGGCACCGGAGCUCCGGCCCGGGCAGAGCCGGGAGGAGACGGAGCUGGUGGAGACGCUCCAGGAGGUGCUGGACGAGCUGGAGCCGCCGGCGCUGGAGAAGAGGCUGAGCUGGGUGCCCUGGUGCCAGCCCCGGGAGCCGUGCGCGGUGCGGCGCGGGGCGCGCAUCGGGAAACUCUGCAGCUGCCCCCGCGGCACCUCCUGCAACCUCUUCAUCCUCAAGUGCUCCUGA